UCUUUUGUUUCCGCUCAUUUUUUGCUGUGUGUUCUUCUUCACCAAUUCUCUCUUUCUAGAAAAGCUUGAGAAGCUGCCAUUAAAUCCAUUCAACGGUUAAGCUUCUCUCUGCUCUUUCCUUUCAUCAUCGCAGUUUGAAAGUGAGGCUUAAGCUGUAGACUAAUGUCGGAGACUAGUAAUGAAGACUAUAGAUCAGGACAAUCAUCAGAGGAAGAUAAUUUAAAUGGACAAAUAAGUCAUUCAGAAGCACUUGCGGAGUGGCGUUCGUCUGAUCAAGUUGAGAAUGGGUUUCCUUCGACGUGGCCUCCCUACUGGGACAUUGAUGAUGGAUCAAAACAUUCUGAACUAUAUGGGAAACAUACUUGGAAGAUUGAGAAGUAUUCAGAAAUCAGCAAACCUGAGCUCCGCAGUGAUGUUUUUGAUGCUGGGGGCUACAAAUGGUAUAUUACAAUAUAUCCACAAGGGGGGGAUGUUUGCAACCAUCUCGCUUUGUAUCUCUGUCUUGCAAACCAUGCAGAACUUCCUCCGGGCUGCAAUCAUUUUGUUCAGUAUACUUUAGCUCUUGUGAAUAAAGAUCCAAAGAAAUCGAUAUAUUUAGAUGCAGUAAACAGGUUAAAAAAGUUGGAGCAUCACUGGGGAGGGAAUAACUUUAUAGAGUUACCUAAAUUACAGGAAGGGUACAUUGAUGAUUUGGACUCUCUUAUCAUUAAGGCUCAAGUUCAGGUGAUCAGAGAGAAAAUCGACAGACCUCUCCGCUGCCUUUCUAGUCAGUACAGGAGGGAACUUCUUAGGGUAUAUGUGCCAUAUGUAGAGAACAUUUGGUGGCAGUUUAUGGAACUGGAAAGAAUCAGAUUUUUGGAGCUGAUGCAAGACAAGGAAAAAUGGGAAAGCUUUAGUUCCUUCUGGUUACGGCUGGACCAAAACACAAGGCGUAAGAUGUCUCGAGAGAAAAUGGAUGUGGUUCUAAAUGUAGCUGCAAAAAUCUUCUUUGUCUUGAGGCAAGGUACAUCCACUUUGAUGAUGGAUUCCUUGUACAGUGGGUGGAAGACUAUUGAAGAAGAAACUAAGAAGAAGAAAAAUAGGCAGGUACAAAUGGAUAACGUAGAAUUGCCAGCAGGCCCAGCUCCAAUUGUUAGUGUGGACCAAGACAUGUUUGUAUUAGUGGAUGAUCUGUUAGUACUCAUGAAGAGGACUGUUAUGGCACCAUUAAUUCCUAUAAAAGAGGAAAAGGGUUCUCAAAACCCUUCGAAGGUGGGGGAUGUUGGAGAGGAAUACAGUAAAGAAGCCAUAGGGCGUGAUGAGAGUCGUUUAACUGAGGUUGGUAGGCGGACUAUGGAGAUGGUUGUUCUUGCACAUAUAUACAGCAACAAGGCUAAAGUUGCAUACAUAGAACAUACUGCAUGGGAAAGGCAAGAAGAACUUAUUCGCGAAGAAGAGGAAGAGUGUCUGGCAGAAAGCAAACACAAGGCAAAUAGAGGAACAACCGAAAAAGAGAGAAAAUCUAAGAAGAAACAGGCGAAACAGAAAAAGAACAAAAAGGAGAAAAGGAAAGAAGAGAGGUUGAGAUCCCAAACAGAAGAAAGGGAUACUGAGAAAGAGGAAAAAGUGAGAGCUAAAGCAGAAUCAUCAGGUGAUAAACCUGACACACUUGGAGAGAGCAGCCCUGUUCAGUGUGAAUUAGAUGCAUCUAAGAUUCACCAUCCCCCAUCAGAAGACACUAGCAGAGGAAGAGGCAGUUCCAUAUCUAUCCCUAGUGGAGUUGCAGAAAGAAAGUAUACCUCAGUUUAUUCUGAUCAAUCUGUCCGAACAGGGGUAGCCAGUGGGUCAUACAAAGGGAAUGUUUCAAACGGGCAAACCAAGAUUUGGCGUAUAAAAGGAAAAACGCAACCAAGAAACGUAUCUGGUGCCAACAGCUUAGCCACUGAAACAGAGAACCAACCUUCAAGACAUGCAUCUAACCCUAAGAGUCAAAGCCAUUCUUCUGAGACACGCAGAGUUGUUGAAGCUGGCGUGGUUAUCUCUCCCAUCCAAGAAGCACAGAACCCUAGGGAGCAUAAUCCUGUUACCAUGGAUCGUGGCACGGUUCAGAGGCAAGAGAAAAGCCCUGCUGUGUUUUCCCCACCCAAAGCUUCUCCCUGGAAUCUCAAAUCUGUAGCACAAGCAAAACCGGAGAAAAGGGGUGUUUUCAAGUUAGAUACCGUUCCAAAUAGGAAAGCAAUAUCACCUUCGUCAGAUCAAGCAUCACCGUCUCGACAUAUUGAGUUCCAAACUGUGGGUUCUAGAGCCGCUGUACAGAAUACUACUUCCCCAAUACCUUCUAUGUCAACAAGGCCUUUGCGUGCUCCUACCUUCCUUCCAAAGCAAGCUGCACCUCGAACCUCAGCAACGUCCUUUGCUCGUUCAGUGAGCUCAACAGGCCCUGUAAGUGCCCCGACACAUACUCAAACUUACGUUCCUCAAUCCUAUAAAAAUGCCAUAGUUGGUUCCGACCACUCACGCUCUCAGUCAACGGGAACAAGCGCAUUGGUCUCAGUAUCUAAUCAGUCUGGCUUCCCUGUCAACGUUGGCUCGGCGGAGGUUUCGUCCGGUGGGCUCUUGUGGACUGGUGAUUCAAGCUCAAACAGAGAUACAACAACUACAACAACUAUCAGCGGGAAUCAUAGAAUGAACGCUUACAGCGCACCUGUAAGUACUAGCAUGAGGCAAAAUGAUGUUCAGAUUAGGAGACCAGCACAGAGUCUGAUGACCGAUGAGUUCCCUCAUCUGGGUAUCAUCAAUGAUCUGCUCGAAGAAGAACCUGUUUUGAUGGACACAACUAGCGGAUACCGUUUGCCACAAUGGUUGAGCGACGUGUACUCAUUUCUUGCGGAUAUGGGGAUCGCUGGGAGGUCUAGGAGUUACACUGAUGAUGGAUUUUACCAAUCUUACGGUGAACACAUGUCAGGUUCUUCGUCAUCAUCUUCUUCUUCGUUGUAUGGGAACGGCCAGAGUGCGAAUAUGGACUUGUCUUUAUUGGCGACGAGGAGCCAGAACGAUGCGUUCUACUUACCCUUCCUUUGACGUAGACUCAUCAAACCCGAACUUGUCAGCUCCAAUCAACGGCUACUGAGUUUUUGUGUUGGAGUGGCAGGUCUGCAUUGUGUUAUAUAUAUCUUAUACAUAUGAAGAUGGAAAGAAAAGUAAAAGAAAACAUUUAUGUAAUGUUAGUUUUCGUCCUCUUCGUUUCAA